AUGGACAACAAUAAACCAGCGCGUACUUUAAAACAACAACUUCUCACAGGAAAACGUCAUCGUUUUCUAUUUCUUCAAUUGCAGUUGAUUGAUAAAUCUAUUCAACAUUUACGUUACACGCAACAAACUAAAUCCAUUAAAAAACAGGAUUAUAAUUUCAAAGUUCCUUUUUUUUCUUUAAAGUUGACCAUCAAGGCGAAAGUCUGCUCCCCGACCAAUCCUUCGAAAGCAUCAACAUCACACAACCAUUCCUUAAUGGAUUCGGGUUCUACUAGUAACCCUACGGACAAAGUGAUAUCAUCAGAUCCUUUGUUCUUACCGAUCUCUGCGAAUCCUUACGCAUUCAAAAACAUUUACCCUCUUCCCCCUAACAUGGAUCUGGCGGAUUCAUAUGAAGUACCUGAUUUUAUUCGUCCGUAA